AUGAAAGAACCUACAACGGAACACAACCUCCCCUCCAGACCCUUGAAAGGGCGUAGCCUCCGCUUCCUCGUCAUCGGCGCCGGCUCCCGCGGCAACGCCUACGCCCGCGCCGUAACAACCAGCACCCCCGCAUGUAUCCACGCCGUCGCGGAACCGCACGCCUUCAAGCGCGCCGAUUUCGGCCGGAAGUAUAUCUGGGGCGAGAAGGGGCGGCCAGCCGACGGCCAGGAGUUCAGUGAUUGGAGGGAGUGGUUGGAGUGGGAGACGGCGCGGCGAAAGCAGCAGUCUCAGGGGCAAGAUGGGGGAGGGGUAGACGGUGUUUUCGUCUGCACGCUUGACGAGACACACGUCGAGAUCGUGACGGCCCUCGCGCCAUUGGGGCUGCAUAUCCUCUGCGAGAAGCCGCUUGCGCUGUCGCUCGGUGAUUGUCUAGCUGUUUAUAAAGCAUUGUCGCCAGCCGCUCACGCCAGCGGUGCAGAUGGCAGUGCCUCCGGCGGAGACAAGAUCUUCUCCAUCGGGCACGUCCUCCGCUACAGCCCACACAACAUCCUCCUCCGCAAGCUCCUCCUCCUCGACCGCGCCAUCGGCGACAUCGUCUCCCUGGAACACACCGAGCCGGUAGGCUGGUGGCAUUUCGCACACAGCUACGUCCGGGGCAACUGGCGGCGCGCGACGGCCCAAGGCGACGGCUCCCUGCUUACCAAGUCCUGCCAUGAUAUCGACUUUAUCAUGUGGUUACUAUCAUCCCCCGCGGAGUAUGUGAAGGGGCAGGGGCAGGGACAGGGAAGCACGCAGACGCACCACCCCCGCAGCAUCACCUCCACCGGCACGCUGACUCAGUUCCGGCGCGCCCGCAAACCACCUGCCGCCGGCGCAGCAACAAACUGUCUCUCCUGCCCUGCAGAGCGGGAAUGCAUCUACAGCGCUGUGCGCAUCUACCGUGACCUGCACCUGUCCCGCGGCGACACCGGGUGGCCUGUUAAGAUCGUGGUACCUGAUAUCGAGGAUGUGUUGCGCUCGGCUCCGGAGAGCGAGGCCGCAGCGGAGGACGCCGAGGCGCAUCUCCUGGCCCUCCUGCGCGAGGGCUACUCCCGCGGGGAGAUGAGCGACGAGGAGAUCGCUCAGCGACCAUGGUACGGGCGGUGUGUCUACGAGGCGGACAAUAACGUCUGCGACGAUCAGGUCGUGACUAUUACAUGGGAUGAUGAGGAUGAGGACGAGGACGAGGACAAACCGCACGCGGAGGGGCGACGCGCCAAAACGGCCGUCUUCCAUAUGAUUGCUCCAACCGAGAAACAGUGCGAGCGCCGCGGGAGGGUCUACGGGACGCGCGGCGAGAUCGCCUACGACAGCCGGACCAUCUCCAUCUAUGAUUUCGCGACCCGCUCAACGACCACCGUCGAGGUGCCCAAGCAGCCGCCGGAGGAGGAGGAGGCGCACGGCGGAGGAGACUACGGGCUGGCGCGCAGCUUUGUGCGUGCUGUGGAUGCCGUCGAGAAUGAGGGGUGGGAUGUGCAGCGCGCGCAAGCCCAUUUCGUCGGCUGUACCCUGGAAGAAGCAGUUCGCAGCCACGCCGUGGUCUUUGCGGCCGAGGAGGCCAGGCGGGAGGAAAAGGUCGUGCGGUGGAAAGAGUGGUGGGCAGAAAAGCUUACUGCAGCUGGCAUCGCAUGA